AUGAGCUCGCUAUUCGGCAACACCGCCAACCAGAACCAGUCGCAAGGCACAGGACUCUUCGGCGCAAGCACAAAUCAGAAUCAGAACCAGAAUCAGGGGACUGGACUGUUCGGCGCAAGCACAAAUCAAAAUCAGAACCAGAACCAGAACCAGAACCAAGGAAGUAGCUUGUUUGGAGGCGGUACAGCGCAAAAUCAACCUCAAGGCACAGGGCUGUUCGGUGGGAACGCGAAUACGCAGAAUCAGAAUCAAGGGACUGGUCUGUUCGGCGGCGGUACGACGAACCAACCGCAAUCGCAGGGUACAGGCCUAUUCGGCGCCAGCACAACCCAGAAUCAACCACAGCAGCAACAGCAACAGCAGCAGCAGCAGGGGGGUGGGCUGUUCGGCGCUCAGAACACUGUCUACAACUCAGGCCAGAUCAGCAACUGGGGCGGUCAACCACAGCACCAGCAGACCACCAACGAGAACACCGCCAUCUUCGGCAACUCCACCGCACAACAACAACAGCCCAACCCCAACCCGAAUGCCUCCCUCUUCCCGGCCCCUCAACAGCACCGCACAGCCGCCGAGCGCACUUUCCCACAUCCCCAGCAAACACAUCUCUCCUCCCUACUCCAGUCCGGCCUCGGCAGCAACCAAAGUGCCUUCGGCUCGCUCGGCGCAACACAACAGACCGACCUCGCGCGUUCUCGCCUCGCAGCUGCAGGCAUCACCGCCGUUCCGAACGAGAAGAGCGUGAUCGAGCAAGUGCAGACCCUGGUGCGAAAAUGGGAUCCCAACAGCCAGGACACACUCCUCCAAAAGUACCUCUACAACGCCGUCAAUGCCGCCUACGCACCCUUCUACUACCGCAACCCCGAAGAAAGCGAACGAGACUGGGAGGAAGCGCUGUCCAAAAAACCCGCCCCCGUCGAGAACAAAGACGGCGACAACGUAGCCUUCAUCCCCGUCCUAGUCCGCGGCUUCAAAGCCCUCGGCGAACGCGUCGAAUACCAAGCCCGCACCGUCAACGAAAUGCGCGCCCGCCUCCACGAGAUGAACAACUCUCUCAACGCCAUCAUGGCCACGCACCAGCAAUCCCUUACCGUCCGGCUGGAAAACGCUCGCCGCCAGCACGCCACGUUAUCCCAACGCUCGCUGCGUCUAGCAGUGAAAGCACAGGUCCUGCGAAACCGCGGCUACCCCCUCGACGUCGCGGAAGAAGCUGUGCGGAAAUCGCUGCAAGCGCUCGAAGCGCGGGUGUUUGACCCGCAGUACUCUGCUCGCGAAGAGGAGGUCUGGGCCCGAAUGGUGGCGCUACGGGAUCGGGCGCGGUGGUUGGAGGAGGAGGGGAAGAGGAUUGCUGCGCAGCAGAAUGCCAGCGGUGGUGGUGGGGGGCAGAGUGGAGGGCAGACGGUGAUUUCGGACGAGGUGGUGGCGAAGGCGAAGAAGGUGCUGGCGGAUUAUGAGGGGCAGAUACGGCAUCUGGGGAGGGAGUUAGAAGAGUUGAAGAGGGAGUUUGGGGAGUGGGAGCAGUCGAGGCCGUGA